AUGUUACUAAAGAAACGAUUGCUCAAGAAGCACUGAUAUAUAGUACAUUUUUCAAGUUCUCUUGAAGUCUGUGCAUGAACUGUGGCUGUGUCAACAUGCAGCAUUCGAUUCCAGCAGGAAAUUAAGAAGCCUAAAAAAAGUCCCCUGAGUGCUUGGGUUUGAUUUGCUUCAACAACCCCACACUCAAGUUUGUAAUUUGUAAGUUAAUGGGAGGCAACUGUGCUGUACCCAAGAGAAGGGAAACUUGUUUUUCCGGUAGGUGUGGCAGCUGUUACUGAUAUUAAGAACAGCAAGCAUGGAAAUGAAAUGUAUUGGCAAGGUAUCGUACCAGCAGUUUUUGCUUCAGGGUUGUUCUCUUGCAGUUUCUCUUAAAAACAUUAGGGUUUUUGCCUGGUUGCAAUAAACAAUCUAUAGAUUAUACCUUAGCAAAAAAUAAAUGGAGGACUGAACAGAGCUUCACUCGUCUAUCUGCUUUAAAAGGAAAGAGCAGUUGUGAAAAUACUGCACAUUUUUCUGAAGGCAUGAACUGUUAUUUUUUGCCUAAAUUCGGUUGAGAUUCAGAAGCUAGAUUACUGUCUUCAAAAGCAAGGUUUUACCGGUCGGAAAACAUUGUGUUUAAGCAGAACACGAGACUCCAGGGGGACUUUUCAACCCAAGUAGUGAAGUUGCCAAGGAAUUCAGACCUGAAUCAUACUCUUUCACAGAAUCCUCCACGUACAGAAACCAUUCCACACAUUGACAUACAGAGGCAUUCAGUGUUACAUACACUAUUGUGCAACCCACUGAAGAUGCGGCAGCAUAAAGUGCAAGUCCAAAGAAAUGUGCAUCCACAUUUAAUUACAUUCAGAAUGUUGUGUGGUGGGAGAAAAUCUUACUUUGCUGCUACUGUGUGCGUUGUUACACUAACUUCAAUGAUCACACUUUCUUAUCUUAAGUUACAGAAACCUUCUCACCCGCCAAAAAUAAUUUAUGAAGUUAGCAAAUGUAGAGGGGAAAUUACCAAUAGCACAAUAACACCAUUAACAGAUAACAGAACUUUUAUUGUGUCCCCAUACUUUGACAACAGAGAAAACAAAGUCACUCGUGUGAUCGGGAUUGUUCACCAUGAAGAUGUAAAAGAACUGUUCUGCUGGUUCUGCUGUCAGCCCGAUGGAAAGAUCUAUGUAUCAAAAGCAACAAUCGAUGUUCACUCAGAUAGAUUUGGGUUCCCUUACGGUGCAGCAGACAUAGUUUGUUUGGAACCUGAGAACUGCGACCCAACGCAUGUAUCCAUUCACCAGUCUCCACUUGGAAAUAUUGACCAGUUGCCAAGCUUUGAGAUCAAAAACCGCAAGGCUGAGCCCUUCCCUGUUGACUUCACUGUGUGCAUCUCUGCCAUGUUUGGCCAAUACAACAAUGUCUUGCAGUUUAUACAGAGCAUGGAGAUGUACAAGAUUCUUGGGGUACAGAAGGUGGUGAUCUAUAAGAACAACUGCAGCCACCUGAUGGAGAAAGUCUUGAGGUUAUAUAUGGAAGAAGGAACUGUAGAGAUAAUUCCCUGGCCAAUAAACUCGCACCUCAAGAUUUCUCCUGAAUGGCACUUCAUGCAUGAUGGAACACACAUUGGCUACUAUGGACAAAUCACAGCUCUAAAUGACUGUAUAUACCGUAAUAUGCAGAGGAGCAAGUUUGUGGUUCUUACUGAUGCUGACGAAAUAAUUCUUCCCCUUAAGCACCCAGACUGGAAAACCAUGAUGAGCAGCCUGCAGGAACAGAACCCAGGGACUGCUGUUUUCCUCUUUGAGAACCAUAUCUUCCCAGAAACUGUCUCCACUCCCAUGUUCAACAUCUCAGCUUGGAAUACUGUGCCUGGUGUUAACAUAUUAAACCAUGUUCACAGGGAGCCUGACAGGAAAGAUGUAAUAAAUCCCAAGAAAAUGAUAGUUGAUCCACGAAAAGUGAUUCAGACUUCAGUCCACUCUGUUCUGCAUGCUUAUGGGAACAGUGUGAACGUUCCCAUGGAUGUUGCCCUCAUUUAUCACUGUCGGAAGCCCCUUCAAGCAAAACUUCCCAGAGAAUCCCUCAUCAGGGAUACGACACUGUGGAGAUACAACUCAUCAUUAAUUAUGAAUGUUAACAGGGUUCUCUAUCAAACUGUACUGUAAGCUCAAAAAUGAAACCUCAGUCAUAAGGAGGGAACAUGAAGAGCUGCAUGUUUUGUAGGGGAGGCAUAAAACAGAUAUCACUUCCAUGUGAACUUUAACUCUUACAGAGAUUUAAACUAAUGGCCUUUUAAUGUGUUGUAGGAAGGUAAAUGCAUUUGAUUUGUGAACUGAGGCAUUGUACCUUGUAAGAGUUCACUGUGAUCAAAUACUGUCUAAUGACUGAGUUCCUCAGGUAGUGUCUACUGCAACCUUUUAAGAUGUGAGAGAUGAGGCAUAGUGAGAGCAUAGCUCUUUUACAUGCCUGUAACCGUGAAAGGGCAUUAUUCAAGCCAUAGGAAGUGUCCAUGCAGAAAUCUGAAAUUCAGUUUACCAAUUUGCAGUUUUCUCCCUUUUCCUGUUCCCAUCCUCAUACAUUUUAACUUGGACAAUGAAUUUGCAGACUUCCUGAAGAAGGAAUUAAUUGAGUUUUGGUUGUCUCUGAAGGACUUGGUGGUUAACAACAUACAGCUGUGUGUAAUGGUGCCUUUUAAAAGAUGGCUUGGGACAGCAUCUCCCAGAUGAAGAGCAUUAACACUCUAACCCAUUAUAAUCACAAAGACAGGGUAAGCAAACCCACCACCUAUUAACACUGGAGGUGUCAGUUGUUAAAGUUAUUUCUUCUUAAGGGAAAUGAGAAUUCAUAGCAGCACCAUGAGUCAUUUAAUGAUAGCAAGCAUCAAUGCAGAUGGUAUUCCUUCUGGAAAAUGUAAAAUGAGGUUAUUUUCAACUAAGAAGAAAUAAAAAUGAGUAUUUUUCAACUGAUUCAAAUAAUGCAAAAGGCUGUGCAGAGUUUUCAACCAGUGUACAAAAAAUAACAACUAUGGUCUUUAAUAUUAAUGUUGUUUAAUUCUUGCAGUUUGUAUGUCACUGUUUGGGUACAGAAUGUUAUGUGCCAAGUGAGUAAAAGGCAAACUAAUAAAUUGUGAAAAUAAUUGAGCAGAAUCUACCAAUUUCAAUUGUAAAAAAAUAACCUUUUAUAUUCUUGUAACUAGUGUUUGUUCAAGUGGUGAUGUAUUGUAACACUAAGCAUAGCUGUUGCGGUUUUGCUGAUCCAAAUGGCUGCUCAGCUGGGGCUUUGACACAUGUGAUUUUAAGAAGAAUGUUGAUCCCUCCUGUUGCCCACAGCUGUUGUGAAUUAUGUACAUGAUAAGUACUGAGUUGUGUUGGAAAGCUUUAAAAGAGAGGCAAGGGCUACAGAUUGAUGUUGAAGAAACUGUGAACUGAAAAGGUGGCUGGUUUCCGGUGUAGAGAUGGAUGGAUGAACAACUACUUAUGAUGUGUAACAGUUGUUUUCUUUUUCUGUGACCUUGAAGCCUCCUAACAAACUGCUUCUUCAUGAAAAUCAGACACCAGGUGGAUUUUAGACCUUCAUGUGAUGGGUAAGUUAAAUGAUACUGUUUCCUUAUAUAGGUGUAAGGGUACAGAAGCUGCAUUUUUUCCAACCCUUAUCUAAAAACAGUACCACGUAGUUAGUAACUUCUGCCAAAGGGUCAGAAGGAAAGAAAAGCAAACAAAACCCAUUUGUUCAGUGUAGUUUCACAAUUUCAGUUUCUGGUUUUUAAAUGCUAUGUGCAUUGUACUGAUGGUGUAAUGUAUUAGAACAUUCCUAUAGGGGACAUCUGGGGCAGCUGUAGUCUGAUACUGGUAUGUGACAGAGAAGUGUGUGUGAAAGCAGCUAUACUUGUUUUAAUUUCUACACUAACGUCAUGUUUUCAUUUGUUUUGAGCUGUCAUUAGUGGGUUAGUAUCAUUAGCUUGCAAAUGUCGAGUGGAACUUUCACUUGGAAGUCUUCAGGAGACAGUCUGUAUAUAACUGUUUGCUAAUUGUGUUUAUAACAAUCAUCAGCUGCUAUGUAACAGGCUACAACUUCAUUUGUAAAGCUAAAGGGGUAGAAGAGCAAUGUUGUAUGUAUUGGAUGCUUCUCAUUGUGGUUUUCUGCUUGUAUUCUCUGGUUAAUGCUUCCCCACCCUAUGCCUACCACCACUUUCCCACCAUUCUCUCUGGAAAGUUGAAUUCAGCUCUCAGAUGCUUUAUGCUUUGCCUCUCAUGGGGCUUGCUUGUGUGUGUCAGUGUUUUGUACUGGGGAACUCAACGUUGGACUUGGAUGUGGCUUUGAGCACAGAACAGAGGUGCAGAAUCCCUUUGCUUUGGCAUCUAGCUGUGUACAUGUUAGUACAGCUGAGUGUAGUUGGGCACCUGUGUCACAAGGGCAUAUUGCUAAAUUUGUUGUGCAAUAGCAUUCCCAGGUCCUUUCCUGUAAAGCUGGUUUCCAUGUAGUUGGCUCCGACCUGCCUGUUGUGUGGGAUGACUGUGUCUUGGGUGAAGGAGUUGCUUUGGCCUAACUUCAUGAGAUGUCUGUCAGCUUACUUGUCCAGUUUGUUGAGACGCUCAGAAUUAGGAUCCCCGUUCUCUUGCAUAUUGAUUGCUUGCUCUUCCCAUGGUUUCCCUUUUCCCUCCAAAUAAAUCAGUAUUGUUGGUAACCUG